CGCACACCUUCCAGUUUCUCCGCUAGUCGGGUGUGAGAUUUCUUGAGCUUCCGAACAAUUUGCAGACAACCGCAAUGAGAGCCAUGUGGGUAGUGGUUCUGGUGCUGGCCCUUUCCAGGGGUUCUCUGUCUCAAGACAAACUCAACGUAUGUCUUGAUGGAAAACACCACAAAGUAAAACCUGGGCCUGAGGGAAAACUUUACCUCCAGUGUGUGCCAUGGCGUGAUAAUGCAUGUUGUACAGCAAAUACCAGUGCUGAAGCUCAUGAAGAUAACUCGUACCUGUACAACUUCAACUGGAACCACUGUGGUUCGAUGAGCCCCAAAUGCAAGAGGCAUUUCAUCCAAGACACUUGCUUCUAUGAAUGCUCACCACACUUGGGGCCCUGGAUACAACCGGUGGAUCAGGAGUGGCGCAGGGAGAGAAUCUUGAAUGUUCCUCUGUGUAUGGAAGACUGCCACAAUUGGUGGGAAGACUGCAAAAAUGAUAUGACAUGUAAGACGGACUGGCACAAAGGAUGGGACUGGAGCACAGGUGUUAACCAAUGCCCUGAAGGCAGCAAGUGCAGAAAGUGGACUGAUGUCUACCCAACGCCUAAAUCCAUGUGUGAACAAAUCUGGUCUCAGUCCUACCUUUAUACCACACUGUCCAAUACAUCAGAGCGGUGCAUGCAGCUCUGGUUCACUGGGCCAAACCCAAACAAAAAGGUAGCUGAGUAUUACCUCAACAAUGCUCAGCAACCUGGUCAUUUCUCACUCGCAUCACUGCUACUCCUGGCUAUAUCAUCUCUUUCUGCGUUGAGCUAAAUUGGAAUGUAGCCAUUUACUUGCCUGUACCUCUUGGUUCUUAAUCUAGACAGUUGACAUGAAGUGUCUGCUCUAUUUUCCUGGCUUAUUACAUCUGGUUUAGUCAGUAAAAAUAAAUCCACAAAUCAGA